GUUAGCCUCAGUUCCUGCUUUCGCCGCCGAGCGUGGAGGACGUGUUUAGUCGGUUGUUUCACUAGCUGAACUGAGCCCACAAGAUACUGAACAUGGUGGUGCUGAAAGCAAAGCACACUUUACAUGGGCGUAAGCUCCUCCCGGUCAUGCUCAGUUUAAGGGAUAUCGACAUAGAGGUGAUGGACAUUACGGCGCUAGCAAGGCUUAAGAAGGACCAUGGCCUGGAGAAGUAUUCCGCAGAGCAGUUGGCGGAAGAGUUUCGCAAUCUGACGGGCGAGGAAGCGGGGGAUAUCCUCGGUAUGGCGGGGGAAAAAGACACAAAAGAGGCCUUGAGGGCGCUUGUGCAUGUGUCCAUCUUGUAUGCCAAUGAGGUGGGGGCCCCCAAAGCAUCCACCCUCAAGAGGCGUAGUACGGAGUCCACCCACCAGGACACACCAUCAGGGCAGGAUAGACAGGAGGAUGGCACAGACAAUCUCGGGGGUGCUAAGGACGCGGUAGAUAGCGCGUCGGCCACAGGCGAAGUAGAGGACAGGGUACAGGCGGUAGAGUCAGCAUUGAGAGACAUUAAGCAGAAUGCGGCCAGGAAUCAGAUAGAGGAAGCAAUUUGGGGAGAGACGUUACAAAUUGAGGGAAGGCUGAAGUAUUUGGAGGGCCUGGUAAAAGACACAAAGUACUAGAAGCAGAAGAAAGCUCUAGAAAUAGAACUCUUGAUGUUUUUACGAAUGUACGGUAGGGCAGACUUAAUUUCUGCUACCCCAAAGGACAUACGCAGAUUUUUGAUUCGUAAGGAUAAGUUUGGGAAGACGGUCGUGCACGAGGUGGAAUGUCCUUGGCACGUCGGAAGCAGGAUGUUCAUGUCCUAAACGUUUGGCUGUGGGCACCAUCCGUACCUUGUUGGGAAAAUUGUCAGCCAUUUUUGCGAGGCAGGGUAGGAAUGGCCCUUGGUUACAGGGAAGGGGGGAGGGGAAUCCAAUAAAUAGUGAUGAGGUGAGGCUAUACGUCAAGGCUGUGCAAGGGGAGCAGGCGCUGUCACAUGUAGAGGUUAAGCAGGCAGUACCAAUGUUUAUCGGGAAGCUAGGGGAGAUCUCCAAACACAUUUUGCGGCGUCUGGAAAACAAGGGGGGUAAAGCGGGGGAUAGGUAUAUUUUGUUGAGAGACAGAGCCUUUUUUCUCUUGCAAUUUUUUGCAGGAGAUCGCGCAGGGGAUUUAGGUCAAGUGGUUGCACAGGAGAUUAAAAGGCUAAGGGACAACAAAGGUUUUCUGUUUAGGCAUAGGGUGGGUAAGACUCUUACAGAGGGAAAGUCUAACACGUUUGGGAUCGUCAGGAGGGAGGAAGCUCAUAUUUGUCCGGUAAAGGCCCUUGAGCAGUAUGUGGCACAGUCAGGGUAUAUGGGGGUAGACCUUUCAGUGGGUUACCUGUUCCGACCAGUGGACGGUGCUAGGAGGGCGGUAUUACAUGAGCCCCUAUCAUAUAACAUCCAUCGUGUACCUCCUGGACCAAGUCAGCCCUGGAGAGCACAUUCUGUUCCCCAACGAUCCAACCCUACGAAUGGUAAUUCCCAGAUGUAUGGGAGAUAGGACAGACAGGAGAGUGGUAUCUCAGUGUGUUCCUGGAAUGUGUGCAGGGGUCUAAUAGGUAAACUUGAGGAUCCGGAAUUCCGGAAUUUGUUAGUAUCGUAUGAUAUUGUAUGCGUAUCGGAAUGUUGGAUAAAAGAAUUUGAUGUUUUACAGCUUUCGGGUUACAGUCAUUUUGCAUUCCCAAGAUCAGUAUGUAGAGGAGGUGGUAUAGUAAUUUUUUACAAACCAGAACUGGCCGAUCAAAUUGAAGUGGUUGAAAAUAUCUACGACAGUAUUGUCUGGCUUAAGAUUAAUAAUACAGGUACCUGUAACUCCGGAGAACACACAUUUAUUGCAUUUUGUUAUAUCCCUCCUGAGGGAAGUGUUUUUUAUGAUCACUGUAAUGAAGAUUUAUUCCAAAUUUUAGAAGAUUCCGUUGGUAGAUAUAAAAGCAUGGGUGAUGUAUAUGUUAUCGGUGAUAUGAAUGCACGCACUGGAAGCAGGCAUGAUUAUAUAGAAUUAGAUACAUUACAUGAUAGUUUAGUACAUAAUUUAGAAAAUGUGAUUAAUUAUAAUGUUGAAACUGUCAGCACUGAGCGUAAGAAUAUGGAUAAGGGGGUAAACACUUUUGGCCGUAAGCUUAUUGACUUGUGCAAGUCAUCAGGUCUGCGUAUAGUUAAUGGGCGGCACCCAGAUGACGAUACUGGUACAUAUACAUUUUUUAAUAAUAAUGGUAAAAGUACGAUUGAUUACUUGUUGGUUGUAAAUGCGACAAUAGACAAUAUACUUAAGUUUGAUUCUGGUAAAUUUAACAUGUUUUCUGAUCACUGUCCAGUUGCGUUUCAUAUAUGUAUUGGCAAAUUUUUAGAUACUCAAAUUGUAAAUGAGUUGGCUGAUUACAAUGCCAUGUACAGUAGAGGAACCUGUACGUCUGUGAAAUGGAAAGGCGAGAAUACUAUGCUAAUUUUAGAUAAAUUAAGUGAGAACUGUGAGUUAAUUGAUGAACAAUUGAAUGUUGAUUUAAAUAACCAAGAUGCAGUUGAUGAAUGUGUGAAUAAUAUAAGUAGAAUAUUAAAUGAUUGUACAUUACCUUUUUGUGAGUGUAGAGAUACCCCUCUGAGAAACUCCCGCGAUCACCGCACUAAAACUGUUGUUAUUGAAGAUAAACCGUGGAUAACUCCUCGGUGCAAAGAUCUAUAUACUGAAUACAGAAAUUCGUUGAUUAAUUUUAACCGGGAUAAAUCAAAUCAAAAUUACAAUAUAUUAAUAACCGCCAAACGUAAUUACAAAAGGUUGGUGUUUAAACUUAAAAGAGAUUAUAAACGAUAUGAAGGCGACAUGCUGGUCCUUUUGAAAAGAAAUGAUCCAAGAAAAUUUUACAGUAUCUUUAAUAAUCGGAAGUCGAACAGAGCUAUGAAUACACUCACAAUAGAUGACUUCUAUAGACACUUUAAAUAUCUGGCGCAAAAGGAGAAUGAUGGCGCUGACCAACAUGUUCCUAAUGUUAAUAUAGAGUCAGUUUAUGAAGAUCUUGAUUCUAAUAUCACAACAAAAGAAAUUGUUAAAGCCAUUGAAAACCUGAAAUCAAACAAAAGUUGUAGUGAAGACUUAAUCAUAAACGAAAUUUUUAUUCAAGGAAAGCAUAUUCUGGUGCCAUAUUUGGAACGGUUGUUUAAUGCUAUUUUUAGAUCUGGGUUUUUCCCUGAAUCUUGGUCACAAGCAUGUAUUGUUCCUGUUUUUAAGAAAGGCUGUAUUAACGACACUAAUAAUUAUCGUGGUAUAUCACUUGUAAGCUGUUUUGGUAAAUUAUUUACAUCAAUCUUGAAUAAUAGAAUUAUGACAUGGGAAAAAGAAAAUUGUAUAAUAACAGAUGCUCAGUUUGGUUUUAGAAAAGGCAGUUCAACCAUUGACGCCAUAUUUGUUUUACAAACAUUAAUUAACAAGAAAUUGCGUAAAAAAGAGAGACUUUACUGUUGCUUUAUAGAUUUAAAAAAAGCAUUUGAUUUUGUUAAUAGAGGAAAACUGUGGAGUAAAUUAAUACACCAAGGUAUUCGUGGAAAAUUUUUAAAAAUAUUAUUAUCUUUGUAUGAUAAUGUCAAAUCCUGUGUAAAAUUUGAGGGUCAAUUAAGUCAUUGUUUCCCUAAUUAUACCGGUCUCUUACAAGGGGAAAUAUUGUCACCUGUGUUGUUUUCUUUGUAUGUGAAUGAUUUUGAAAUUAAUUUUAUUAAUGAUAAUUGUCCAAGUAUUGAUUUACAGAUGCUUAACCUUUUCCUGCUAAUGUAUGCUGAUGAUAUGGUUUUUUUCGCUGAUAGUCCAGCUGCAUUGCAAAACAUGUUAGAUUCUUUACACAGUUACUCUAGAAAAUGGGAUCUGGAAGUCAACAUUGGUAAAACAAAAGUCAUGGUUUUUAGAAACGGGGGAAACAUAAGAAAUAAUGAAGUGUGGAAAUAUAAUAAUGAGAACAU